CACGUGCAGCAGCAGCAGGGCAGCAGCAGCAGCAUGGCUCCCAAAGCUCGCGGGGUCGUGGCGAUGGCGCGGGCGGCUGUGGGCUUCAUCUCGGACCGCACAGACUUCAAGAGGAACCUGCUGGUGAACGUGGCCCUCUUCGCCGCGGGGGUGUGGGUGGCGCGAAACGUCGCCGACCUGGACCUCAUGGCUCCCGCGCCACUCCCGUAGAGGGGAUGUGGCUAACUCCUCCCUCCCCACUUGUUUUCCAGAUCCAUCGCACCUUCUCUGGAGCUGUUCCUAUUGCCCGACAACCCCCCAAGCCCUCGUGGACCAGUCAGUGUAAAAUGUUGUGAAAUCAUAAUAAAGUGUUUUCCUUCGGCAAAACAAAAAUCCCAAG